CUGCGAACAACAGAGUAUAUCCCAAGUGCUGAGCGUAGUUAGACGAGCGCACAAAAAGGCUAAAGCAUGCUGCAUAUUUACCCAUGAAGACACUGAGGGACCAAAGGAGCUCACGCUCAGUCAGGUUGAACAAAGACCGACCCAUUGUUGAAGUAGACCAAGCAAACCAGAUCAAGCAAACUAGACCACCACAGGUGUCCAAAGCAGCAAGAUUACGAGAAUGAAGAUGCCCGAUCCUCGAAGGGUAUAUUCCUUGUGCAAAAGCAGUGGAGAGAAACGCAAUGUUGUUUUGUUAUGUCAACAAGGUUUACACGAGGCCUCGGACGCGUCUUGGCACAGGCCGAGACACGUGAUUUCUCCCGAGGCCCGAAGCCGCUCGAUGGGUGUCGCAGGACUGUGGACUCUGCUGCAGCCCGUUGGGCGACCAGUGCAGUUGGAAAACAUGGAGGGGAAGAAAAUGGCCAUUGACUCGAGCAUUUGGCUCUACCAAUUCCAGGCGACUAUGAGGGAUAAGGAUGGAAGGGUAUUAGUGAACGCCCAUGUCCUUGGUUUUCUACGACGUAUCUGCAAGCUUCUAUUCUAUGGCAUAAAGCCCGUUUUUGUGUUCGAUGGUGGCGCGCCUGCUCUCAAACGUGGCACGAUUGCAGAAAGAAAGAGGAAGAAAGCAGGUGCAUUCCUUGAUCAUGCACGCACUGCGGAGAAGCUCUUAGCUGCGCAAAUGCGACGGGAGGCAAUCAAUCGACAUGUCCCUGUGAAGAUGACCCCUGAAGAAGCGGCUGAGAGAGCUGCCGAAGACCUGCUUGCUGGAGCCACCUAUCUUGACGAUCCCGUUCAACCCAGCUCUGCCAAUCUUAAGACACCUGAUGGUUCUCCAAAAGACAAGGGAAAAGCUGCAGUCAGGCCUCUUACUCCCGGCUCUUCAGUGAAAAAGCAUCGUUGGCAUGAUCAUGACCCUUAUCACCUUCCUACUAUAGACGUACAAUCAGCAGCUGCCAAAGCAACUGACGGUCGGUUUCCCGAUCCUCGUCUGGCAACAGAAGAUGAACUUCGAGCCUUCAUUGAGGAAAUGGUCCCGGAGGACUUUGAUACUAAUUCAGAGAUGUUCCGGUCUUUGCCCACUGAGGUCCAAUAUGAGAUUAUUGGUGAUUUGCGGCUUAAAUCUCGCCAGACAUCUCACGCCCGUCUCCAAUCUAUGCUCGAGAAAGCUCACGAUGCGCUCGAUUUCUCAAAGGCUCAAAUAGUGAACCUACGCCAGCGUAACGCGUUAACACAGCAGCUGCUUACAACGACCGAGAGUGUAGCUAGAGUUCAGCACAUGACCAUCCCAACUCGGAUCGCCAGCGAGCGGAACAGGCAAUACAUUCUUGUUAAAAAUAAAGGGAGUGAAGGAGGAUGGGUGCUUGGCCUGCGCGACGACGGCACAGCAGCAAAACCUAUCGAAAUUAAGGAUGAGAAUGAACAUGACCCUGAGGGUGGUGAGGAUGGCGAUGUAGAUUCCGAUGAUGAUAUGGAAGAGGUUCUUCCUUCGCAACAGUUUCAUGAUUCAGACUGGAGGGAACAUAAACGAAGCACACUUGAGACAGCAGGUCAAAGUCGCCAAUUAGGCAGGAUUGCAUCAUCCAAUGCUACAUCCUCCAUGGCCCAUCACAUUGCCAAGAGCCGUCCGUUAUUUCUGAACGAUGAAGAAGAGGAGGAUCCGGAAGAUCAGUCUAUCUCCGAGGCAAUCCAACAAUCCAUCGAUGAACAAGAAGCAAAAGACCUAGAAGCAGCUUUGGAGGCAUCCCAGCACGAAGAAAUGGAACGAAUGCGACAGUUCCAAGUCUCGCGCACAGCUCAGGAAGCUGGAUCCACUUACGUUACACUAAUGAGUCGCGUGAGCGACCACGCAGCGAAACUGGCAGCUGUACGGAGCUCAGUUGUGACUGAGCAUGUCCGUCCCACCCCUUCUACCAGUGCUCAACCCUCCGACAACAUAGCCAAAACCACAACUCCUGAAAGGCCUCGGAAAUCAUCCCAGAGUACAAGUGUUCGAUCCCACCCGUCACCAAGAGAGUCCUCAAUGAGCCCUGGAAUGUCGCACCCCCUACCUCGGGAACAUCCGGGUCUGCACCAUCCGGACUCGCCUGGCAAAACGAUGAAUCCAUCUCUUCUGGAAUCCCCGCCUCUAUCCCUAAAUACUCCUUCGCCGUCGUCACGGCGGAAACGCCCACUGGCCUUUAAAAUGCCCCAAGCAACAGAAGCAGUUGGGGAUAAACCACUCGAUACAGUUGUUCCUGAUGGGAACGAACAAAUCCCGCAGCCAGGCCUAUGUAAUUCGCCGAACAAAGGGAUUGUGGCGCCCAAGUCCAAUGAGGCGACACCCGAACCACAACUGUCCGGCUCGCCAAAGACGGAUAAUGACGGUUCGAGUCAUGAGGAUACGGUUCAGCGAUGGAAUAGAUUAAAUGUGGUCGAGCAGUCCACAUGGCAACCCGGGUCCAGGUCGAAGGUGCUUACUCCGAGCUCCAUGGAUAGCAUUGAUGACGCCAGUGAGGAUGUAGACCCAGUUGCACAGGUACAUCCUGCAGCAGUUGUUGUGAUCCCAGAUGAUGAAGCGCACAUACCCAUUUCGGACGGAAAGGCAGAUCAUUUGGAGACAUGGGAUGCGGCAGAUGAGAUGGAUCCGGUAGCAGAGGAAGGCGAAUUUGCUCAGUUCAUAUCGCAGAUCAAGGGUCGAGAUUUAGCCGCCGUUCGCGAGGAGAUUGAUGAGGAGAUCAAAGCAUUACAUCGACAAAAGAAGGCAGCAAUGCGUGAUUCCGAAGAUAUCACACAUCAAAUGGUUGCCCAAAUCCAACUCCUGCUAAGAUUAUUCGGCAUACCGUAUGUUACAGCGCCUAUGGAAGCGGAAGCACAGUGUGCCACGCUUGUCUCGCUCGGCCUCGUCGAAGGCAUCAUCACUGAUGACUCAGAUGUAUUCUUGUUUGGUGGUCAGCGGGUGUUCCGAAACAUGUUCAACCAGUCCAAAACUGUUGAGUGCUUCUUGCUUCAGGAUUUGGACAGGGAGCUAGGGCUGGACAGGGAUACACUGGUCCGCCUGGCACAUCUUCUGGGAAGUGACUAUACGGAAGGUCUGCCUGGCGUCGGGCCAGUGCUUGCGAUGGAACUGCUCAAAGAGUUUUCUGGGAGAGAUGGACUGAAGCAUUUCAGGGACUGGUGGAUGAAGGUGCAAUCGGGACGCGACGAAGCCGAAGACAACACAUCAACCUUCCGAAAACGCUUCAAGAAACGAUUCAAACACUUGCAUCUUACGAGGGACUGGCCAUCUGAAGCUGUGCAAGAAGCAUAUUUCACCCCAACUGUGGAUGUGUCGGAUGAACCAUUCAAAUGGGGACUUCCGGACCUAGACGGGCUACGAGAGUUCUUAAAUUCAGAAUUAUCAUGGUCUGCAGGGAAAGUGGAUGAAACGCUGCUUCCAAUAAUCCGCAAAGUCGGGCAACGAGGCAAGCCCGGAGGAGUCAACAAGCAAAACACCUUAGAAACCUUCUUUGAUGCAUCAAUUGGUUCCGGAACAUAUGCACCACGCAAGAGGCAAGCCUACGCCUCUAAACGGUUACAGAACGUGGUCAAUGAGUUCCGGAGAGAACAAAAAGCCAGAAGAGUGUCCCCCGCAGAAUCCAGUGACGGUCCAACACCCGAAAUCGCAAUCCGCGCCCCAGAUAGUGAAGCAUUGGCAGGACCCUCGACACGAAGCCAUAGCCGUGGCAGAGGCAGGGGGCGUGGGAAGACUACUUCGUCAUCGUCGAAGCGGAAGAAAGCACCAACGAGCAAAGUCGUUCCAAAGAAACGAAGGGCUGCCCACAGCUCCGACGAAGUUGAGAGUACUCCGAACGAAGAUGGCGCACCUGAGGUGACCGAAGUACCUGAUCGACCGAUGAAAGUGAAACUAAGGCCCAGGCCGAAACCCAAGCCGAGGCCAAUACCCCACGAAAAUGAACCCUCAUCGACAGAAUAAAAUUGUGACUUCUGUCAUCUCGUUCACCUACGCCACAUUAUUCUUUCGAUUUAAUCACUAUAUACUAU